UACCUAUUUAUACUUUAUAGCGUAUAAUCCGUGUAUAGCCGCACUUCAUUUUAGUCAGAAGUUCAGAACGUCGUGUAGCAAAGAUAGUAAUCAAUUCUCCCAGGUCUGCUAUGGUAAUUGUUCAACGCCAAGAACUUGAAAAGUACCGUCGCUAAUUCGUGACGUAUGUUAGGACGUAAUGGCGCGCGUCAUCAAAAUUGCACCAUCGUUACAUCAGAAUGACAUCACAGGCUUGCACAAAUAAGGCGAUAUAGCAAGACAAUGAAGACAUCGGCAGCAUAUACAGAUAUAAGUGGCGAGGUGGCGAUGAUAGUCAUACAUUUUGACUGUAUGUUACGAUGAAAUUUAGCUUUAAAUGCUUAGUAGCAAUGAGUAGAGUAUCUUAUAAUGAAAUAUACAAAUACAGUCCGCCUUCAUGGUGCAAACAUCUGAAAAAAUGUCCAACACAUAGAGCCGCACUGGCGUUAACACCGACACCUAUACAUGCUUGGAAAGUUCCGGGACUACCUGAGGACGUUAAAUUAUUUGUGAAGAGAGAUGAUAUGACUGGAGCUGCUUUGAGUGGAAAUAAAGUAAGAAAACUGGAAUUUUUACUGGCAAAUGCGAUUCAAAAAGGAUGUGGGUCUGUUAUCACAUGUGGGGCAUUACAAUCGAACCAUUGUCGUGCAACUGCGGUUGCUGCGUCUCAACUUGGACUAGAAACGCAUCUGUUGCUACGAUCAGAGGAAGAUGUUGACGCAAUAAGAAGCAGUGGGAAUUUAUUUUUAUCUCAAAUGUGCAAUGCGAAUGUAUAUUUAGUCCCGAAACGUGCUAAAUACGAGACAGAUUUAAAACCAAGACAAGAGGCUUUAGCUGAAGCUAUUUUGAAGAAGACUGGAAAGCCCGCGUAUCUAAUCUGUGUUGGGGGCUCGGAUAGUGUGGGUUUACAUGGCUACCUCAAUGCAUGGCACGAAUUGUUAGAUCAAAAAGUGCAAGAUAAUUUUGACGAUGUUAUUGUUACUUGUGGCAGCGGAGGGACAAUCGCAGGCAUAUCGAUCGGUAACUAUCUCACUGGGGGGAAACUUAAAAUUCAUGCAGUGGCCGUUUGCGACGACGCUGCCUAUUUUCAUGGCCAUAUUAAUUCUAUGCUUGAAGAAAUUGGACUGGGCAGUGAGACUCGCUCGGAAGACAUUGUUGAUAUUAUCGAAGGUUAUAAAGGAGCUGGGUAUGGAAUAUCAACUCCUGAAGACCACGAGUUGUAUCGUAAAUUGGCUGCAGCCACUGGAAUAUUUUGUGACCCUGUCUAUAGUGGGAAGGGCAUUAAAGGGUUAAUUUCAGAGCUGAAUGUAAAUCGGAAGUGUUUCAAAGGAGAUAGAAUAUUAUUCGUACAUACUGGUGGUAUAUUUGGACUGUAUGACGGUAGAAUGUUUGAUUUUUUUGAGAAAGAUGUUAAAAGAAUAUAUGACUGGAAAGAUAUUGAGAAGUCGGCAAAUGGAUUUCUAGAAAGUUAAUUACGUCUCUAUAAUUGUGUAACCAAUUGGAAGGUGCAAUUUAUUUUUAUAAAUUUCGAUUAUUGGUGCAGAAUGCUAAGUGGCACGAGAGUGCUUGCCAUUAUACCACUAAUGACUGAUUACCCUGCUUUGUUCCAUAGAUACGUAACAGCUAGCUUGUGAGUAGCCAACAGUGAAUGUCAUAAGAUCAAUACCCAAAAUUUUUGUGCCCACAACUUAUAGAAAGCCUGCCCACGAUUUCACCUAGUUAUUUGUAUCUGGGCCUCCUGUAUUGAAGGUUGCACAUUCCUGAUUUACACACCUUCCACCAGCCAAGUUCAUGCCUUCAGAUAUAUAAUUUGGUUUUGUAUUCACUAUUACGGCUGAGCUUCUGUAUCAGCUUACCAGAAGCCGACAAAUUGAUUUCUAGAAAGUUAAUUAUGUUGCCAGAAUUGUGUAUUAUGUACUUAAAUAAGAUAUGCAAUUUAUUGUUAUAAAUCUGGUGGGUUGAUUCCACCAGGUCGCUGAUUACACUGAUUAGUUCCUGUUGUUUUGAUUUCUGCAAAGAUAAAUAUGAGAUUGUUUGAUUCCUCGCCAAAGUUUCUUGGAUUUAACAACCGGUCCGUUACUGGGUCUUCUUCAUUAAGUCCAUGAACUAUCGCUAACAUAGGCCCAUCUAGAGCUAAGAUCUGAAGCCCGACCCAAUAUUCGGGCCGAGUUGAGCCUGAAAUAUCAAUCAUUAUGUCCGGGUCGGUCUUCUCUAUCACUGACUUUUUUUCAAUUAUAUAUAUGUUAAAAAUAUAUAUACUAAACUAUGUGUGGAGUUCGAAGAACAAAGAAAAUUCGGAUUUAAUACCCACGGGGUCUGGCCGGGCUGGAAUUUUUGGGUUCGAUCUUACCUCUAGGCCCAUCCCAACGUUUUUGCAAAGUCCGAUGUCUAUUUUUGUGGAUGACAUUCCUAGAGACUGUAGUUUUAUAUCAAUAGUAACCGUUUACCAAUAUAUUCAUCUUUUAUUUAUAAAUUAAAUCUAAUGAAUUGCAAUUUUUUCUUAAAAUGUAUUUAUCAACGAAUUUGUUUUGUUGUUAGCCUUAUUAAAUUCCUCUAAUUUUGAAUUAU